CUCUCCCGCGACCGCGAUCACAUUUUCCUGGCUAGCGAGGAGAAGAAGAAGAAGAACGAUGAAAGUGGCAUCGCAAAUAGUUCUCCUGUUCAAGGACAAAGAUGGGUUCGCCGCAGCAAUCUCAGAAGGUCUGAAUUCCAACCCUAGCUCGGGAUUCAGAAGACUAGAAGAGUCGCUCGAGCUUCCGCUGGAUGGUUAUGGAGUAAAGGGUCAGAAAGCUUGUGGCGAUUUUGUUCAUUUCGUCGACAAUCAGGGCAAUUAUGAGGUAUCCUUGUUACUUCUGGAGAAGUAUGAGCCGCCAAUCUUGGCCUGCGCCCUAAACGAAGUGCUAGCAAACAUAACAAAGGGAGCAUCUGCAUCUCUACCCGCAUUUAUUGUUCCAUUCACUGGAGCAUCGAAGCUAAAGUGGGAGCCGAAAGCCCUUCCUCCAAACAAAGGUCAGGUUAAGCUCUACAGCAUUCUAAUCGGUCCCGGAACCAAUUCAUCAAAGAUCACCAGCAGAACAGAAAUGGCGCCAGCGUCUUUCCACAUCCAAUACGAGCCUUUGGCCUGCUUCAUUCACCUGGCUCGCGUGUUGAAACUUCCCACUUCUGUUGUCUUUGGCCACCAAGCGUCUGAGGAUGAACUUCAGGCACUCUACCAGAUUGGGGAUCUAUUGGCAAACAUCACAGGGUUGUGUUUCUUGAAGGAGAAGGUUUCUUGGAAUCCAAUGGAGAUGUCGAAAGAUAGCAAGGAGCCUUGGCGUGCACUCUAUGGUUGAAUCUGAACCAUAUGUUUUUGCACAUUGGCUUUCAUGGUAGUUAAUCUAGAUGAUAUACAAAGACGAGAACGCUAAAGAACUGCAGUGAGGGUUCUUCAUAAUGAGUGACAUGUAUGCAUCAAUCUAUCUGAACGUCUUAUGGCUCGAGGUGUUAAUGUUGGGAUUUGCAAUUUUGGAUCACUCUGGGAUCUGCAAAAGGAAGUUAGAAUAUGCUCUUCAUCUCUGAUUACGUGAUGUCGCAUUGAAAUUCAUCAUUUUAAUCCUCACCAGAUUCCAAUUUCCAGCUUCUGUCCCCGUUUUCGUUCUAACUUGUGGCAGUCACUAAUCACUAUACU